CUUACAGAACUGUGUUUUGUUUUCUUUUAUUCUAAAGGAAAACCCUUCGCGAUCGAGGAAGGCCCGUCAUCGAUUCAAAUAAGCCAUGCAAAUGGAACUCGGCGUGCGACGAAUUACUUUAAGCUCUUUAAAUGGUUCGUUGCCAUAAACAUUCUAAUUUUACUGCUAUUUUGCGGUUAUGCUUUGUGGAAUCUUUAUCAACUUGAAAACGCAUUGCAAGCGAGGGAGGAUGCGAUUAAUCUCAAUAGAUAUUUCGACAGAUAUGACCCCAACUCAAUAAAGAAAACAACAACAAUCGGGGACAUCAAUGUCGCAGACUUUGACAGCAGCGUCAUCAUAUCGGACUUCCACGAGUGGCAACAAUCCAUCCUCAGCAAUCUCGAGAAUCUUCAAGAUGACGUGUCCUAUAACCUGAAGUUUCUACUUCACACUAUUACGAGUAUCGUGAAGAACUUCGCGAAUAAUGAUAAAGCCAGGACGAUAGGUCGAGUGCUCGUUGUUCAGAAUAUUACGAAUUCGUCAAUGCCGAAUGGCAAGCUAAUAACCGCAAAUUUAACCGACUUUGAGAUUCAUAUUCUCAAAGAGUUUAUAAAUUUGACAAUGUUGGAGAAUAAAGGGAUGAGGAGGUCAAGGUUUACGAGAGCCCCGAGGAAUAAUAAUAUCGAGACGGCAUGUAACUUUCAGUUAUCGUUCGACGCGAAGGAUGAAAAGCUGAUUAGCUUAUCGAUCAAAUCUGAUGAAAAAGAUAUGCCGAUAGGCAUAAACAAUGACAUUAGUAAUUUGUCAAAAAAUGAUAACAAAGAUGAUCUUCGUAAAUGCAUUAUCAAUAUUUUAUACAAACCCUUUAAUAGACUGUAAUUAUUAUAUAAAAUUAUCUUUAAAUAUCGACGAUUCUUGAAUAUGAUACUCCACGUUGUUGUAUCAAGCACAAUUGUAAACGUACAAAUUAAAGAGACGACUUUUGCUCCCAAAACUUAAUUCAAAACAAUAUUCUUAAUUGACAAUUAAAGACUCUACUUCAAACGAUAUUGAAGCGAUAAAGGAGAACAGAAAUUAUAUUCAUUUGGUUAUAAAAUAUACGUUGACUUCCCACUCAUCCAUGCUAAUAUAAUAAUUAUUAAAUUCAUUUGGAAUCAUUUAAACUUAAAAUCUUUCGAUUAAUUUGUACGAAACAUAAAUAAUAAACGAUAAUUGUAAUGUGUAACUUACUGUUAAACAAUAGUGAAAACGAACCAAAGAUUAAUCUUUUUAUAUUUUAUUAUAAUAAAUAUAUUAAC